AUGACAAUAAAGAAACAACCAAUGAGGGAACUCAAGAAAUCAUUGCCUCUGCCACACCAACAGAAAGUCGAAGUAAAGGACGUGAUAAAGCCAGUAGCACGAGAGUAUAAUAACAAGCUAUUGAGGUCUGGGCACUUGCCCAAUCCAGAAAUUUUGGAUAUGGCUGCAGCUAAAGACAGUCGAGUUAACGCCAAAAGAUCUCAGGGUCGGCUGUGCGACCGCAACGUGCUGAUCCCCGAAGGGCCGAAGUACGACAGCGCGGGCCGCGUGUACCUGCCAGCUUACGCGGGCUCGAAGCCGUACCAACGUACGCAUCGACCGCGACUACUGCUGCCCGUCUGUUGCAACUGCUGCAAGAAGUCCGUGCUCGGCUGCCAGUGA